AUGAACGUGAUGGCGGAAGAGAACGCGAAUGCUGCACCGGCUGUUCCGGCGUCCAAGCAGGGCAACAACACACGUCCGGGCCCUGAUUCGCAGAGUGUGACAAAGCGCCUUCAGACAGAGCUCAUGCAGCUUAUGAUGUCGCCGGCCCCUGGUGUGUCCGCCUUCCCGACGUCUGACGACAACAUGCUGAGCUGGACGGCCACCAUCGAGGGACCCGAGGACACGCCCUACACCGGGCUCACCAUGAAGCUCGGCUUCGAGUUCCCCUCCAACUACCCCUACGCGCCCCCGACGGUGCUCUUCAAGACGCCCAUCUACCACCCCAACGUGGACUUUUCCGGCCGCAUCUGCUUGGAUAUCCUUAAGGACAAGUGGACCGCCGCGUACAACACGCAGACGGUGCUUCUCAGCCUGCAGAGUCUCCUGGGCGAACCCAACAACUCUUCGCCGCUCAAUGGUGAGGCGGCCGAGCUAUGGGACAAUAACCCUGUCGAGUUCCAGCGAAAGGUGACGGCUCGUCACAAGGACAUUGAAGACGAGUAG